GUACCAGCGAUGGUGUUUCGACACAAUGUCGAUUAACAAUAUCUUUGUUUUUAAAUAAAUUGAAUGAUACCAACGAUCUUGAUGGUAUUUGGGCGUUGCAAAGUAGGUAAAACAAAAAACUACUUUAUCUCAAGUACUGAUUUCUAUCUCAUUGUUUUUAUAUUACGAUAUUUAACACGUUAAUCACUAUAUUACAUUUUAGUUAAUCGAAAUUUUUACCUUAAACAAAAUAUCUUAGUUUCCUCCGCCAUAUUGUGAAGUUCCAUGUACACCGAAAAUUUCAUAAUCACAUUUCACACAACUUAAUCACUAAUUUUCAUAUUCACAUAUUCACAACACAUAAAUUGACUAAAACAAUAUAUUUCGAUUAAUUUUCACAGUGUUUGAUGCUUCUUCUAAAAUACCGGCGGGAGUUAUGUCGUACAAUCUCGGCGAAUUGGGAAACUUUGAACAAUGUAUCGAAAUCAAUUCCAUAAAUGAUCAUAUAAUAGGAAAAUACUGUUUAGGACAUGUAAUUUUCAACCGUUCACUAAUAGAAAAUAAUCGAAUUUAUUCCCGAGAUCACAUCUACUUAAAAAAUAUUAUGUUGCACGUAGCUGAUGGAUAUAAUAAAACAAAACGUUGUUCGUGGGCAUUAUGUUUACCUAGCAACUGCUCUGAUAAUGAUGCCGAAAAAAUUUUAGAAGGAUUAGACACUUUAGGUCUUACUUCUACAUCUGUAACAUGUCAAACUUUUAUUGAGUCAUAUCCGAAGUUAGAUACGGACGCCAUUAUUGGAAUAACUAUAUUGUGUCUCUAUAUGUUGAUUGUAAUAACAUCAACAGCAAUAGAUUUAGGAUUAAGAUCUAAACGAAAAGUAAUGAUUCACCCUAUAUUUGUAUCAUUUUCAAUUUAUACAAACGGUAAAAUAUUAUUUGAUGUACCAAAACGAACUUCUAAAUUAUCUUGUCUGGACGGACUUAGAUUUAUAAGUAUGUUAUGGAUAAUAUUCAAGCAUGUAUACAUGGUGUAUCAGGAAAUGACGAUUAUAAAUUUCAAGAAUUUCAUCGAGUUUACAGAAGUGAUAUACAGUAUGUUAUUGAUUAGGGGAACAUUGGCGUGCGAUACUUUUUUAUUAAUAGGAGGAAUUUUAGUAACUUACGUAUUUUUUGAUAAAAAUAUGAAAAGUAAAAUGACUUUUAUCGAGAUUAUGAAACAUUAUUUACAUCGAUAUAUACGUUUGACACCCGCGUUGGCUGCUUCGAUACUCGUUUUCACUACAUUGGGGAAAUAUAUGGGAUCUGGACCCCAUUGGAGUAUAUUAUUAGCAAAUAUAAAAAAUUGUCGGAAUUAUUGGUGGUCUUCAAUACUUUACGUACAAAAUCAAGUGAACGUCGAGGAAAUGUGUACUGUUCAUACUUGGUAUUUAGACGUCGAUAUGCAGUUAUACAUUUUAUCGCCGAUAAUAUUUUGGUUAUUUAGAUUAUCUUACAAAAUAGGAAUCGGUACGAUAAUUACGCUAAUUAUUCUUUCAAUUACAUUAUCUUUCACUAGAGCUUAUAUUUACGAAAUGUCCGCAGUCGAAACUGCGUAUUUUAUAAGAGGCUCCGCUACUACGUAUCUAAACGAAUUUUACUAUAAAACAGAAACCAGAGCCACUCCGUGGUUUAUAGGAACUAUUUUAGGUUAUAUAUUAGCUACAAAAAAACAUCUACACGUAAAAUUGUCUGGGAUUUAUUCUCUAAUUUUAUGGUUAUUAAGUUUGAUAAUAAUAGUGGUAUGUAUAUUCGGAGACUACAAUUCAUUAAGACGAGCGGAAUAUCGAAGAUUUGAAAACGCCUUAAGUAUAGCUCUAUUAAAGCCUACUUUCGCAGUAGCCGUUUGCUGGAUUAUUUGGGCAUGCGCUACGGAACAAGGAAGUUUUAUAAAUCAAUUUUUAUCUUUACGAUUAUUUCAAUUUAUGAACAAAUUCAGUCUCAGUAUCUAUCUUGUACACCGACCAUUGUUACAAUUGAUAUUUUCCGCUAGUAAAAGCCCGAUUUACUUCAGUGUUUUUAAUAUAGCUUACGAUUCGUGGGGAAUAAUGUUGUUAAGUUUUGGGCUGUCAAUUAUUUGGAUCUUGUUAUUCGAAUAUCCCAUGCUUUCAAUGGAGAAACUUAUUUUUAAAAAAUAAAUUUUUAUUGUAAUUAAUUUGCGAAAAAUUGGACGUUGACAACUGACA